UGUAACUUAUAGCCCAUUUUGCCUACUGAUGAACUUUGAUUGUCAUAUAUCUCAUAUAGAUGAGCUCCGGAUCUACAGGAUUCAGCAUCCCUUUCAAGAAAACAGAGAAAGAUUCCUUUGUAAAUAGUUGUUUUACUACUGCAAGGACUGCACUUUGAACUAUCCUUUUGUUUUGGUUCUGCAAAUACAUGUCCUCGGACAAGAACUGUGGAGAUGAUGUUAGAGGACUAAUCACAAGCAUGAUGUGGAUCAAGGGUCUUGCAGUUUUCCCUUUAUAUUCUCUUGUAGGAGCCCUGACAAGUGCCGAUGUAAUUGAUCAUGGCUGCGCGAACAGUAUAGUAUCAAUCUUCUGGUUGUACAUGAUGACCUGGUACUCACAGAUCAUUCAAAUAUUCUUCGCUGGUUCCAAUAAUUGUUGGUCAACAGCAGGAUGGCUAUGGUUUGCUGGAUUUUUGCUAGUAAUAGAAGCUAUUAUAAAUGUCCUCCUCGCUGUUUGUGCUAUAGCAGCAAUUAUUGUGUUAAUAUGCGCUUGUAUUUCUGAGAUGAGAGGCAAAAGCAGCGCAAGAGAAUUCAAUCCUCAUAUAUUUAACAAAGAACUACCCUCAAUGGGAUCCAGAGGGGAGAGUAUGGCCUAG